UUAGUUAGUGUAACGAAGAGGUGUUUGCUACGGUCCAGACAUAUCAAAUUUCGGCAAGCAAGAAGCGAGGGUGGAGAGAUGGCGAAAACCUAUGAUUACCUUUUUAAAUUGCUUCUCAUCGGGGACAGCGGUGUCGGCAAGACAUGUCUCCUCUUCAGAUUCAGCGAAGAUGCGUUCAACACUACCUUCAUAUCAACAAUAGGUAUUGACUUCAAAAUCAGGACGAUAGAGUUGGACGGGAAGAAGAUCAAGCUCCAGAUAUGGGACACAGCCGGUCAGGAGAGGUUCAGGACCAUCACAACAGCCUACUACAGAGGAGCUAUGGGUAUCAUGCUAGUGUAUGACAUCACUAACGAGAAGUCCUUCGAGAACAUCAAGAACUGGAUCAGGAACAUUGAAGAGCAUGCGUCCUCUGACGUGGAGAGGAUGAUCCUAGGAAACAAGUGUGACAUGAACGACAAAAGACAGGUGUCAAAAGAACGAGGAGAAAAGUUGGCGAUUGAUUACGGCAUCAAGUUCUUAGAAACGAGCGCCAAGUCCAGCCUGAACGUGGAAGAGUCCUUUUUCACACUGGGAAGAGACAUAAUGACGAGACUCAACAGAAAAAUAAACGACAACAGUCCUCCAGGAGGAGGUGGGCCGGUCAAGAUCACAGAGACCCGGUCGAAGAAGAGCAACUUCUUCAGAUGUUCACUGUUCUAGUGGAUCCGUCCUCUCCUUUCCAUGGACUGAUACACUCCUCCAACCCCUCACCAGGCCUGGCUACCAGGCUACCUACCUAGCACUCCUCCAACCCCUCACCAGGCCUGGGUACCAGGCUACCUACCUAGCACUCCUCCAACCCCUCACCAGGCCUGGUACCAGGCUACCUACCUAGCACUCCUCCAACCCCUCACCAGGCCUGGUACCAGGCUACCUACCUAGCACUCCUCCAACCCCUCACCAGGCCUGGUACCAGGCUACCUACCUAGCACUCCUCCAACCCCUCACCAGGCCUGGUACCAGGCUACCUACCUAGCACUCCUCCAACCCCUCACCAGGCUACCUACCUAGCACUCCUCCAACCCCUCACCAGGCUACAUACCUAGCACUCCUCCAACCCCUCACCAGGCCUGGUACCAGGCUACCUACCUAGCACUCCUCCAACCCCUCACCAGGCCUGGUACCAGGCUACCUACCUAGCACUCCUCCAACCCCUCACCAGGCCUGGUACCAGGCUACCUACCUAGCACUCCUCCAACCCCUCACCAGGCUACCUACCUAGCACUCCUCCAACCCCUCACCAGGCCUGGGUACCAGGCUACCUACCUAGCACUCCUCCAACCCCUCACCAGACCUGGUACCAGGCUACCUACCUAGCACUCCUCCAACCCCUCACCAGGCCUGGGUACCAGGCUACCUACCUAGCACUCCUCUAACCCCUCACCAGGCCUGGUACCAGGCUACCUACCUAGCACUCCUCCAACCCCUCACCAGGCCUGGUACCAGGCUACCUACCUAGCACUCUCCCAACCCCUCACCAGGCCUGGUACCAGGCUACCUACCUAGCACUCCUCCAACCCCUCACCAGGCCUGGUACCAGGCUACCUACCUAGCACUCCUCCAACCCCUCACCAGGCCUGGUACCAGGCUACCUACAAAGCACUGGGUCUUGGCCAGGCUACUUAUUGCUGCUGAACUGCCUGGCUAUUCUGUAGGCUACAGAGGAAAGCGACUCGCCAUCCUAUUAAAAAAAUGACACGUUAGAGAACCAAAAUUCUGAAAAGAACAAGGAUUGCCCCUCAACUGCACCCCUCUCUCCCUUCCCCAAAGGAGUUAGUCUAGGGUUGCAUCCCAAAUGGAACCCUUUUCACUAUAUAGUGCACUACUCUUCACCAGAGCCCUAUUAUGCAGGCCCAGGUCAAAAGUAGUGCACUAUAUAGGGAAUAGGGUGGCAUUUUGGAUGCAGUACAUUUCUCCCCUCCCCCCAAAAGCUCUGAUUGACAGUUGAACCCUGUCUUCUGUGUUCUUUAACUCACCCCUGGAAAUGCUUUGUUGUUUGUUCCGCUUCCUGUUUAGCUGAAGCUGCCUUUCCCCUGUAUUCACUCGAUGCACAGCUAACUUUUUAUUUUGUUGUCGCGUGUCUUGUCUUUCUUUACCUGCCUAUCUUUCUAAGGGGGGAAAAAAAAGAUUGACACCUGAAGGAUUGGAAGAGUUUGUUUGACGUGGAUCUCGGUUGGACUAGAGAAGAAUAUAGUCAGCUGAAAAUCGCAACGUCAUCAUCACGUUCACUUUUUUAAAGUCAUGAAUGAACAUGACUGCAGGGAGAGAUGGAGAGAAAAGAGAGUAUUGUACUGCAUGUUCUGCCCACACUAGAAAGGAAAAUGUAACUGUUGUUUAGUAUUCUACCAAAGCUAAUGACUUCAUUGUGGUGGUUGUUUCACCAAUGCCUUUAUUUUUUUGUCUUUUAGUUUUAUAUAAUCUUUAUGAUAAUCGCACUGGAGAUCGUUAUGGAUGUUUCAAUGAUUGUUAAAACACCGCCUCUGUCAAAAAGGACGCUGCAGUCAUUCAACGAUGCAUCCCUGAUCCAGAGCACUAAAGGCUAGAUUCAGAGCCGCUCUUCAGAACCGCUCUUCAGAACCACUCUAAAGAGUUAAAGGAUGCUCAUUGCUUGGCACUUCAACUGAUGACGGUCUCAGAAUUGGCUUCACUCAAUCGGACGUAAUGAACGACUAGUUUUUCUGUUGUCACUUAGUCAUGCACUUACAGAAGGAGGUUUCUCAAUUACUCCAAUUUAAAACCACUGAUUAGCCUCUACUCAACUUAAAACCACUGAGCAGCCUCUACUCAACUUAAAACCACUGAGCAGCCUCUACUCAACUUAAAACCACUGAGCAGCCUCUACUCAACUUAAAACCACUGAGCAGUCUCUACUCAACUUAAAACCACUGAUUAGCCUCUACUCAACUUAAAACCACUGAUUAGCCUCAACUCAACUUAAAACCACUGAUCAGCCUCUACUCAACUUAAAACCACUGAUUAGCCUCUACUCAACUUAAAACCACUGAUUAGCCUCUACUCAACUUAAAACCACUGAGCAGCCUCUACUCAACUUAAAACCACUGAGCAGCCUCUACUCAACUUAAAACCACUGAGCAGCCUCUACUCAACUUAAAACCACUGAUUAGCCUCUACUCAACUUAAAACCACUGAGCAGCCUCUACUCAACUUAAAACCACUGAUUAGCCUCUACUCAACUUAAAACCACUGAUUAGCCUCUACUCAACUUAAAACCACUGAGCAGCCUCUACUCAACUUAAAACCACUGAUUAGCCUCAACUCAACUUAAAACCACUGAUUAGCCUCUACUCAACUUAAAACCACUGAUUAGCCUCUACUCAACUUAAAACCACUGAUUAGCCUCUACUCAACUUAAAACCACUGAGCAGCCUCUACUCAACUUAAAACCACUGAUUAGCCUCUACUCAACUUAAAACCACUGAUUAGCCUCUACUCAACUUAAAACCACUGAGCAGCCUCUACUCAACUUAAAACCACUGAUUAGCCUCUACUCAACUUAAAACCACUGAGCAGCCUCUACUCAACUUAAAACCACUGAGCAGCCUCUACUCAACUUAAAACCACUGAGCAGCCUCUACUCAACUUAAAACCACUGAUUAGCCUCUACUCAACUUAAAACCACUGAUCAGCCUCUACUCAACUUAAAACCACUGAGCAGCCUCUACUCAACUUAAAUCCACUGAGCAGCCUCUACUCAACUUAAAACCACUGAUUAGCCUCUACUCAACUUAAAACCACUGAUUAGCCUCUACUCAACUUAAAACCACUGAUCAGCCUCUACUCAACUUAAAACCACUGAGCAGCCUCUACUCAACUUAAAACCACUGAUUAGCCUCUACUCAACUGAAAACCACUGAGCAGCCUCUGUGCUUUGUCUUUUUAAAGCCUUGAAUGUUGUUGUUGUUGUUGUUGUUGUGUGUUUUAAGUUCAGACUUUCUUUCAUUCUAUUCACGGCCCUCAGUUUGCAGCACUGAUUUGAGUUGACAGACCUUUCUGAAGAAACGACGACAACCACCACGGUAGCAGAUACCGACUCAUACAACGACCACAACCCCCACGGUAGCAGAUACCGACUCAUACAACGACCACAACCCCCACGGUAGCAGAUACUGAAUCAUACAAUGACCACAACCCCCACGGUAGCAGAUACCGACUCAUACAACGACCACAACCCCCACGGUAGCAGAUACCGACUCAUACAACCACCACAGUAGCAGAUACCGACUCAUACAACCACCACAGUAGCAGAUACCGACUCAUACAACCACCACGGUAGAAGAUACCGACUCAUACAACGACCACAACCACCACGGUAGAAGAUACCGACUCAUACAACGACCACAACCCCCAUGGUAGAAGAUACUGACUCAUACAAUGACCACAACCACCAUGGUAGCAGAUACUGACUCAUACAACCACCACGGUAGCAGAUACGGACUCAUACAACCACCACGGUAGCAGAUACCGACUCAUACAAUGACUACAACCACCACGGUAGCAGAUACCGACUCAUACAACCACCACGGUAGAAGAUACCGACUCAUACAACCACCACGGUAGCAGAUACCAACCCAUACAACCCCCACGGUAGCAGAUACUGACUCAUACAAUGACUACAACCACCACGGUAGAAGAUACCGACUCAUACAUCCACCAGGGUAGCAGAUACUGACUCAUACAUCCACCAGGGUAGAAGAUACUGACUCAUACAACCACCACGGUAGCAGAUACUGACUCAUACAACCACCAGGGUAGCAGAUACCGACUCAUACAACCACCACGGUAGCAGAUACCGACUCAUACAACCACCACGGUAGAAGAUACUGACUCAUACAACCACCACGGUAGCAGAUACUGACUCAUACAACCACCAGGGUAGCAGAUACCGACUCAUACAACCACCACGGUAGCAGAUACCGACUCAUACAAGUGCUUUUGAAAAGUAGCCACAAGCAAAAAAAACUCUUGUGUUCUAUCGUUGGUGCGUUCAUGCAAAUGUUGUUGAUGGUAUUAUAUUUACAUACGGUAUCCGAUAAGACAUUGGACACUGGCGUUUACUCCCAGCAUGCUUUGUGAAACCACAAGGUAAACCACUUUCUACAUGUUUCAUUUUAUUAGCUCUUUAUUAUCGCCAAACAAAACCAUGUUGAUUAGGACACCUUUUCCCAGUUCAUAUUAAUAUCCUUAUAUCUGCUCUCUGCUGUUACAUCCUGUUCUUUCUGGUUUAUAAAACCACUGUUGUAUUAUUCUGAUCUGCUGCACUUUAUCUCCUCUCUGUGUGUGUGUGUGUGUGUGUGUGUGUGUGUGUGUGUGUGUGUCUGUUCAGAUUGAAGGUGCUUCUAACACAUCUAUAUUUCAUGUGAAGGGUCAGUAGUUUGAUGAGGAUUGUGUGUAUCGAGGGUAAAUUGAUGUCUGUGCCACUCCAUGUCAUGACAAAAGACACGUCAGAUAGGAUUUAAUUUAUUUUUUAUUUUAAUUUAUGGUUAGUCUAGCUGUCAAACCUAACUUUCUUUAUUCCGAAAACACUUUUUUUUUAAUGCAAAUUUAUCCACACCGUUCUGUUGUUGGUGUUACCUCCACACCAUUCUGUUGUUGGGGUUACCUCCACACCGUUCUGUUGUUAGGGUUACCUCCACACCGUUCUGUUAACUCACCGUUCUGUUGUUGGGGUUACCUCCACACCGUUCUGUUGUUGGGGAUACCUCCACACCGUUCUGUUGUUAGGGUUACCUCCACACCGUUCUGUUGUUAGGGUUACCUCCACACCGUUCUGUUGUUAGGGUUACCUCCACACCGUUCUGUUGUCGGGGUUACCUCCACACCGUUCUCUUAACUCACCAUUCUGUUAACUCACCGUUCUGUUGUUGGGGUUACCUCCACACUGUUCUGUUGUUGGGGAUACCUCCACACCGUUCUGUUGUUGGGGUUACCUCCACACCGUUCUGUUGUUGGGGAUACCUCCACACCGUUCUGUUGUUGGGGAUACCUCCACACCGUUCUGUUGUUGGGGUUACCUCCACACCGUUCUGUUGUUGGGGUUACCUCCACACCGUUCUGUUGUUAGGGUUACCUCCACACCGUUCUGUUGUUAGGGUUACCUCCACACCGUUCUGUUGUUAGGGUUACCUCCACACCGUUCUGUUGUUAGGGUUACCUCCACACCGUUCUGUUGUUAGGUUUACCUCCACACCGUUCUGUUGUUGGGGUUACCUCCACACCGUUCUGUUAACUCACCGUUCUGUUGUUGGGGUUACCUCCACACCGUUCUGUUGUUGGGGUUACCUCCACACCGUUCUGUUGUUGGGGUUACCUCCACACCGUUCUGCUAACUCACCGUUCUGUUGUUAGGGAUACCUCCACACUGUUCUGUUGUUGGGGUUACCUCCACACCGUUCUGUUGUUGGGGUUACCGUUCCACACCGUUACCUCCCCCGUCGUCACCGAGACGACGACGACGACGACGACGGGGGGGGGGGGGGCAGAGACUGACGGUAUAAUAAUCACUUGUUUUUUGUGGAACGAUGCGUGAAGGCUUGAGUUACUAUAUGUAGUAGAUAUGUUUGUUAGAGAGCUGCUGUUGUGAUGCAGUGAUGGCGAGGGACAUGAAUUCUCAUGGGAACGUCAUGUAGCAUCAUGUCUGGAAAUACAGAUGUAUGCAGACAUUCUAGAAUACUUUCUAUCAUGUUGGUGUAACAAUGAAAGCAUUCCUCCCAUUUGUUUUCUAUCACGUUGGUGUAACAAUGAAAGCAUUCCUCCCAUUUGUUUUCUAUCAUGUUGGUGUAACAAUGAAAGCAUUCCUCCCAUUUGUUUUCUAUCAUGUUGGUGUAACAAUGAAAGCAUUCCUCCCAUUUGUUUUCUAUCAUGUUGGUGUAACAAUGAAAGCAUUCCUCCCAUUUGUUUUCUAUCACGUUGGUGUAACAAUGAAAGCAUUCCUCCCAUUUGUUUUCUAUCACGUUGGUGUAACAAUGAAAGCAUUCCUCCCAUUUGUUUUCUAUCACGUUGGUGUAACAAUGAAAGCAUUCCUCCCAUUUGUUUUCUAUCACGUUGGUGUAACAAUGAAAGCAUUCCUCCCAUUUGUUUUCUAUCACGUUGGUGUAACAAUGAAAGCAUUCCUCCCAUUUGUUUUCUAUCACGUUGGUGUAACAAUGAAAGCAUUCCUCCCAUUUGUUUUCUAUCACGUUGGUGUAACAAUGAAAGCAUUCCUCCCAUUUGUUUUCUAUCAUGUUGGUGUAACAAUGAAAGCAUUCCUCCCAUUUGUUUUCUAUCAUGUUGGUGUAACAAUGAAAGCAUUCCUCCCAUUUGUUUUGGCGUUCUUUCUCUUCCUAUCUGAAAGACAUGUUUAAAUUGGUCUUUUCUCCUUAUCAACGCACUUUGUACAAGCAGCUUGUUAACUUGUCUUCCGGCUCCUUUUUUGUCAACUCUGUAACAUAUCGAUCUGAUCAGUGGGAACUGAUAUUGUAUAAAAAUUAAAUUACUUUUGUCUUUUUUUAAAAA